AUUUAAAUUUUCAUGUUGCAAUAUGAUGGAAUAAAGAUCUAUACUAAAAAGGAUUAAUAAAAAAUAAGUCACGGAACUUCAGCAUGCGAUGGUACGGUGCCUAUCCUUCCAAAGGACGAAUUGUUUUACUGCACGCGAUCCACUACCAGGCUCUGGCUGCUAAGCUUAAAUUCGAUUUUCCGAUAUUAGUAUGUUGGUCCUAGUACAGUUAGUCCCGUGUCAUUGAUCGCUAAACAUGUUCUUAGACGAAAGCUUCGUAACGAUCUAUUACGGGUGCUUUUUAGUUCUGUAAAAAUGCUCAGCUCGAGCAACAAUCGCGAUCGUUUAAUUGAUAUAUCAACGACAAUGUCAAAUUCUGCUGGAGUUUCUAACACGUAUCUCGUACGUCCACGAUUACCUUUAAGGAUUUAUUCGAAACCUAAAAUAUCUGGAAGUUAUACUCAUUAUCCAGAUUCGGCUGGUCUCUCGCGUACGAAAAGAACUAAAACUAGAAAAACAAAUGGAGUUCAAAAAAUAGAUUUAAACAAAAGGAAAAGUCCGGAUUACAUAGAAGUGAUUUAUAGAGAAGCUGUUUCUAAAUUAAAAUAUUUGUUAGCUGAAACUUAUUUGCCAGUGGAUUCUUCUGGAAUUACUAAAUCGGGGAACGACAUAGAUGAACAAAGUUUUAUAAGCGAGGGUUCAAGAAUGAAAGAUUUAAAUAACGACAAUGUUUGUUUACUACCAACACCACGUCCACUUUCCUCCAAAAGUAUUCAUCCAUCGAAAGCUUAUAGUAAUUUGGCACUUUCUAUUGCUGAAUUACAAUCUGUUCCACCAGAAAUUACUUCGUAUAUCGAACAGCAAGAAGAAUAUAUCGAACAAAUGGAACAGGAGUCUCAAUAUUGUAGAAGCGAAUUAACUAACUUGCUUAGCAAAGUUAGAGAGGUCAUAGCCGAAAAUGAAGAAUUGCAUAAUAAAACUAAAACUGGAUUUUUAAAGUAUGCUCUUGACGAGCACGAGAAUCGUCCUGAAAAUGAUUGCACUUCUAACGACCAUAGUCUUGCAUGCACGAGCAGCAUAGAUUCCAAGAUGAAUAAAUCAUUAAAAAUAUUAGAAGGGCCCAAUAUAAUAUUUGAAUCAAGAAUUAGCGAGCUGGAGGCACAAUUGACCCAAGCUAAGCUUGAGUUAAGAAAAGUUCAAGAAGAAAACCAACUCAAUGUAAAGAAAUUAGAAAAUUCUUUCAGUAACGGUAAUGUGGAAAUAUCAGCACAAUUGAAUCAAACUUUAAGAGCUAAAUACGAUGCAGAAAUCAAAGUAGAAGAAUUACAAAAAGCAUUAUCUGCAAUGCGUGAUAGAGAAAUAGAAUCUAGUCAAAAAGCUAAGCGUUCUAUGGAGAUGGCACAACAAAUGGAAUUUGAAAAAAAUCAAGCAGAAACUGAAGUAAAAAGAUUGAAGGACGAGUUGGAUAGACAACAUGAAAAACUCCGAGAAGCUGCUCAUGAAGCAAGCAGACGUAUUACUGAAGAAAGGCAACAAGUGGAGCGUAGAUACAGUCAACAAGUCGAACAACUUUCUGCGGAUAUAACUUCUCAGUGGAAUGCAGCUAAUAAAUCGCAAUUGGAAUCUGAGAAACAACAAAGGGAAUUGUUGGAUUUGAAGAGAGAUUUGUCUCAAAAGCAAACGAUCAUAGACAAUCUAAAAAAAGAUUUGCAGAAUAGAAUAUCGAGUUUACAGAGCGAUCUUAAUCAAGCUUUGACUGAAAAAGAUAUGGCUGAACAAGAAGUAAUAGCUGCUAAAUUAGCAGCAGAAAGAAAUGAUAGACAGACUAAACAAGAGCAAAUUAGAUUGCAAACGGAAAUAAAUGCUUACAAACAGCGCAUGGAAAGAGCGGAUGCAGAUUUAGUUCAUUGUAGGCGUGAAAAUUUGAGGCUUUUAGAGCAGAUAGCUUUGUUGGAGAAAGAGAUCAAUUUAAACAGAAUGAUGUACUCUGAAGAUUCUCAAAGAAAAGAUAUAAUCGGUCAAGAGAAUAAAAAGGAGACGCCUACGAUGAGGAAACUGGAUAUGGAAACUAAACAUGUUGCGACAGUUGGUGAUCUAGAGGAUGCCUUGAAUAAACAAGCUAAACUAGUCUCUCAAUUGACUACCGAAUGCCAAUCUCUCACACAACGUUUGGAAGCUAACAACGUUAAGCACAAGGAAGAAAUGGCUACCCUACAAAGUAACAUAGAAUACUUAUCGAAUAAGAUAAAGGAUUCAUUUCAUAAUCAACAAGCACUAUAUAAUAUCAAUGCAUCUUAUAAUUCACCGGAUCAAUUAAAUGAGACGAAAGUAAAUGGUAAUACAAAUCCUCAUAAUUCACAAAAUACAGAUUACGAUAUAAAUCAAAUGCAAAAUGAAAAUGACAAUGAUAACAGAGAAAUUUAUUCUAAAAAAUUGCAAAAGAAAGAUGAUUUGGAUGAAAGAUAUGAUCAUUCAAAUCAACGUGAAUAUACUUUAGGAGGCUAUAUUAAUAAUAAUAAUAAUAAUAGUAAUAUAUAUAAUAUCGAAGAUCAGUCAAUAGAAGAGAAAAAUGGAGAGCAAGAAAAACAUUUGACUGACGAUCAAAAUAUAAUAGAUAAUACUAACCUAAUGGAAUCUUCUUAUGAUCAGUAUGGAGAAUAUGAUGAGUCACAAUAUCAAGAACAAGAAUUUAAGGAUAAUGAUCAAUAUAAAGAACAGGAUAAUACACACGAUAUGACACAAUAUUCUGAACAAGAAUAUCAAGAAAAUCAUUCUGCAAUUAAUCCUAGUAACGAAUAUACACAAUAAUUUGUAUUUCUUUUUUCUAUAGCAUUUAAACACAUUUAUUGUAUUAUUAGAACGUGCAGAAAUAUUACGAGAAGACGUAAUAAAAUUAGUAUUAAAAUUGA